CCGGAAGUGCCAGUCCCGUUUGUUCCUCCUUUGUUUUUGCUGUUAGAGCCAGAGACAAGCCGUGAAGCGGGUUCAUCCAGCUUCAUUCUACUCGAUGUUAGUCGGUGGGUUUGGACACAGAUUCUCAUCUUUUGAUACUUAGGAGCAGUUUGAGCUCAAAUCUCCCCAAGUCUUUUUCCUCCUGGAUAUCUCGGUGCUCUCCGCUAUAGUUAGCCGGUACCGGAGCUCCUAACUCUCGUGCAGUGAAGCGGAGACGGUCACUGGAUGGAAAUUCGGGCUGUGUGAGCUGCACUAACGUCCAUGAGCAAAGUUCUAUCCAACAUCCCAUUCUGAAAGAAGCCAAAGGUGGAUUUGAACUGAAACCUAAAAUCAUAUCUGGAGGAAGACCAAGAUCACCUGAUUCCAGCAAACAUGGAGGGAAGACCCACCUGUGACCAGUGUGGGAAGACUUUCACCAGAAUGAGUGGGCUGAAGAAACACCAACGUAUCCACACUGGAGAAAAACCAUAUUGCUGUGACCAGUGUGGGAAGAGUUUUAUCUCAGCUAAUGUCUUAAAAGAACACCAACGCAUCCACACUGGAGAAAGGCCAUAUGACUGUGACCAGUGUGGGAAGACUUUUACCACAGCAGGCCACUUAAAAAUCCACCAACGCAUCCACACUGGAGAAAGACCAUAUAGGUGUGACCAGUGUGAGAAGACUUUUAUCACAUUAAGUGUCUUUAAACAUCACCAACGCAUCCACACUGGAGAAAGACCAUAUGACUGUGACCAGUGUGGAAAGACUUUCACCACAGCAGGUCAGUUAAAAAUCCACCGACGCAUCCACACUGGAGAAAGACCAUAUAAGUGUGACCAGUGUGAGAAGACUUUUACCAUCGCAAGUAAUUUAAAAACGCACCAGCGCAUCCACACUGGAGAAAGACCAUGUAAGUGUGACCAGUGUGGGAAGACUUUCACCACAGCAGGUCACUUAAAAACCCACCAACGCAUCCACACUGGAGAAAGACCAUAUGAGUGUGACCAGUGUGGGAAGACUUUUGUCACAAUGAGAGUGCUGAAGGAACACUUACGUAUUCACACUGGAGAAAAACCAUAUGACUGUGACCAGUGUGGGAAGACGUUUACCGUUGCACGUCAUUUAAAAACCCACCAACGCAUCCACAGGGGAGAGAGACCAUAUGUCUGUGGCCAGUGUGGGAAGACUUUCACCACAGCAAGUCCCUUAAAAAUCCACCAACGCAUCCACAGGGGAGAAAGACCAUAUAACUGUACCCAGUGUGGGAAGAUUUUCACCAUAGCAAGUGACUUAAAAAUCCACCAACGCAUUCACACUGGAGAAAGACCAUAUGACUGUGACCAAUGUGAGAAGACUUUCAGCACAGCAAGUCACCUAAAAAUCCACCAACGCAUCCACACUAGAGAAAGACCAUAUGAGUGUGACCAGUGUGGAAAGAGUUUCACCAAAAUGACUGGGCUUGUGCGUCACCAACGCAUCCACACUGGAGAAAAACCAUAUGAGUGUGACCAGUGUGGAAAUGCUUUCACCACAUCAUAUACCCUAAAAAUCCACCAACGCAUCCACACUGGAGAAAGACCAUAUGAGUGUGACCAGUGUGGAAAUGCUUUCACCGCAGCAAGUACCCUAAAAAUCCACCAACGCAUCCACACUGGAGAAAGACCAUAUGAGUGUGACCAGUGUGGAAAUGCUUUCACCGCAGCAAGUACCCUAAAAAUCCACCAACGCAUGCACACUGGAGAAAGACCAUAUGAGUGUGACCAAUGUGGAAAGAGUUUCACCGAAAUGACUGGGCUUGUACGUCACCAACGCAUCCACACUGGAGAAAGACCAUAUUCCUGUGACCAGUGUGGAAAGACUUUCACCACAGCACAUCACCUAAAAAUCCACCAACGCAUUCACACUGGAGAAAAACCAUAUGAAUGUGGCCAGUGUGGAAAGAGUUUCACGCAAGUGAAUGGGCUUAAACGUCACCAACGCAUCCACACUGGAGAAAAAACAUAUGAAUGUGACCAGUGUGGGAAUGCUUUCACCACAGCAAGACACCUAAAGCAACACCAACACAUUCACACUGGAGAAAAACCAUAA